UCGUCUGUCACCAAUUCCUAUCCUACUGGGAGAUGGUAUUGCUGUCACUUUCCGCAGCCGUCCUUUAUCAGCAUAUCAGUACAUAAAUUGUUCAGAUCUUGAAAGUUACCACCGGUGACCGGAUUCCUGACAAAGUGCGUGAUUUGAAGGUUUCAAGUGCUGUGCUGUGCAAUUCAAUACCAUGGCUGCUGUUCAAAGAUUGUCCGAUAGAUUUUGUCAAGUUCUGCUGAAAACGAAUUGGGGCGCGUCUACAGCUUUAGCCCACAAAUCUAAUCGCCAGUCGAGAAAUUACUUCACCUACAGCAGAGAGCCAGCCCAACCUCUGCCUCGCGAGCCGAAAGUUGUAACGCCUGAAGAAGCAGUGAAAUGCAUAAAAUCGAAUGACACUGUAUUUUUGAGUGGAGCUGCCUCUACUCCUAUUGAACUCGCUGCAGUCAUGACUGACUUUGCGAAAGGCAACAAUCUUAAAAAUAUCCAGGUGUGUCACAUGCAUACAGAAGGACCUGCGCCGUACACAGAUCCUGAAUGUGAAGGUAUCUUCCGAUCAUGCUCAUUUUUCAUGGCUGCCAAUGUACGAAAAGCUGUUGCUGAAGGCCGCAGUGACGCAGUGCCAAUAUUUUUGUCUGAGAUCCCUCUGCUGUUUGAGCGUAAAAUUUUCCGACCAAAUGUUUCAAUUGUCCAAGUAUCACCCCCUGAUGAACAUGGAUUCUGCAGUUUGGGAACCAGUGUUGACUGUGUGCGAGCAGCCAUCGCCAACUCCGAAAUAGUUAUAGGUCAUGUGAAUGAACAUAUGCCAAGAACGUUUGGGGAUGCAUUGGUACACCAGUCUCAUUUCGAUUAUGUUGUUCCCAUCAACAGACCAUUACCAGCGCACGGAGGUGGAGCACCUCAUGAAAACGAGAAGAAAAUCGGACAGCUCAUCGCUUCAAAUUUGAUCGAUGACGGUGCCACCCUUCAAAUGGGUAUUGGCAGUCUUCCUGAUGCUGUUCUCACCAAUUUGACUGACCACAAAGACUUAGGCAUCCACUCUGAAAUGUUCAGUGGUGGAGUCAUCGAAUUAGUACGAAGAGGCUGCAUAACCAACAACAAGAAACCGUUGAGCACAGGGAAAAUUGUAUCCAGUUUCUUAAUCGGACCACCUGAACUGUACGAUUUUGUUGACAACAACCCAUUCCUUGAAAUGAGAGUUGUUAAUUACACCAACUCAACGGCAAUCAUCGCCCAGCACCCAAAGAUGACAGCCAUCAAUUCAGCAAUAGAAGUAGAUCUGACUGGUCAAGUUUGUUCUGAUUCCAUCGGGACGAGGAUGUUCUCUGGUUUCGGAGGACAAGUUGACUUCAUCCGUGGAGCUGCCGAGGGUCUUGAUGGCAAAGGAAAGCCAAUCAUUGCUCUACAGUCUGUUAAUGCUAAAACUGGUGAUAGUAAAAUCGUUCCUAUGCUCAAACCAGGUGCUGGUGUCGUUACCUCUCGUGCUCACGUCCACUACGUUGUAACAGAAAAUGGAAUUGCCAGUUUGUUUGGAAAAACUUUACGCCAGCGAGCUCAUGCCUUAAUCAAUGUUGCCCACCCCAGCCACCGAGAAGCGUUGGAAAAGGCUGCGUUCGAGCGGUUGAAGUGCAUGCCGGCCCCUUAGUUGAGUCUUUAGACUCUUGAAUUGCACUUUUUUAAGGUACAAAGUAUUUCACACGAGCACCAGAAGCUUCUCUGAGUUCAGACGGUGGUUAUAGGUGGGCUAGUUUUAAGAACAAUCAUCAAAAGUUUUAUGUUAAUUUCAUGGAAGAAAGUAGAGAGGUCCAGCAAGAGUUCGGGAGUUAUGAAUUCACCAUCCUUUUCUCCAUUCAAUUUUGCUGGGAAGAGUAUCGUUUUAUUUGUUUCUUCUCAAAUUAAAAUCAACUUCCAAGCUUAGAAAAAUUCCAAACAAAUUACAGAAAUAGGGUCAAAUCAAGGAACAGGGUCGCCACUUUUGGUGGCAAGUUUUAAAUUCAAAAUGUUAAUUUUCAAUCAGUGUUAAUGGCAACCCUGAUAAUGUAUUGUGCGCUACAUCUGUACCAAGAAAUUCCAUCACAUUUUGCAAUGAGGAAUAUUCCUGACUCAUCCAUAAAAACACCUAUCUACGCCAAGAAACUGAUGGUACAAAUGUUGUUUCCAAGAUGAGCCAGAAAUAGAGAUCCAUCAUCGCAAAAUCUAGUCCAAUGAGCUCUGUGAGGAAUCAAGAGUUUUCUAGAGGUUGGACGUUGAUUUUAGACCAAAACAGUAGAACCAUUGUAUUCUUUGCAAAAUUUCAAAUGAGGAAAGAUAUUCAAAAUACCGCUGUAGCACUUUCUAGAACAAUUCAUUAGUGAUCGAUUGACUAAUUUCUAAAGUGUAAGACAUUUUUCCCAAAGUCUACAAUAUUCACAUAUUGUUAUUGUACAUUUGUAUGUACAUAUUGUACAUCAGGUAUUUGUACGCAAGAUUUGACGAAGAACAUUUUAGUGCAACUCUGAAAGUUUUUUCAUUCAUUUAUCCAUCAAGAAUAAUCUGUAAGCCUUAGAAUAAGCAUAUUACACGUCCUGGUUAGUAGAUACUUAGGCGGAUACACAUAGCUACCGUUAGCGUUUUUCCAGCGUAAUCUUAAAGUGCUUCUCUGUUAAAUCUUCUGCACCAAUACCUGAAGCACUGCAAGAUGAUGUCAGAAUUGGAAGUCCUCAUUCUAAUGUCCUGAAUUUCAGAAGUUGUGAAUCGAUCGAUCAAUUGUUGAAUCGCUCUCUGAAGUGCUGAAGAUGGACCUUGAAUCAAAAAUCCUGAACUCUUGCUGUAACUUUAUUUUUUCCGUAUUUUGAAGCACUCUGAGAUGAGUAGGAAAAAAAAAUGAGUACGGAAAAAGAAAAAGGAGGUAUGAAUGAAAAGUUAUCACUGUUGAAGCAAUAGCCAUCAAUUUGCGUAUUUUAAGGUGUAUUUUUUGUAUUUUUUUCAGGGAUUAGUCCCCUCGAAAAGCAAUGUCAAUCCCUCUCUAUUUUGUUAAAAUCAUUGAUGCGAUGAUCUCGAAGAGAUGGAAGAAAUCAGUUAAAGAAAAUAGAGCAAAGGAGGAUGAUUGAAUGUAUUCUCUUAAAAAUUAAGUCUAUAUCAAACAGAAUUUUUCAACCGGGACCAGUCAAAAUGCAUUUUCCAAUCACCUCUCUUGUUUAUUUCCAUCAGCAAAAACCAGGAGACAUAAAACCUUGAAACUCUCUUCAAACUCUAUGAAGAUCACAAACAUUAUGCUUGUAAAAUUUCAAGGUAUAGUAUUAGGUUGCUCAGAUUUUCGUUUCAAAGAGAAAAUAUUCUCGAAGAAAAAAAACUUCCUCAACACACGAACUUAGUUCUACACCAGAAGCUGUUAUGUAUAAUAGUAAAAUUCAAUUCAUGCAAUUGGAGUCUGGUUAAUCAAAUAUUUGCCUGCGUGUGAUGGUGAUUCAAUUCAUGUGUUGGACGCUGACUGUGCGAGUUGAAUUUCACUGUUGAUUGGUAACAUCAGACAUUUGCUGUGUUGAUUAAAUAUUUUUUCUUCAUUUAAAAAGGAAGCAGGCAACGUUUAAUGUUGUCAGGUUGAUUCUGGUUGAAACUGUCCAAACCCGGCUUUACUUCGUCUCUCAAGGUUUACUCCUCUCAGUAACAUUCAUUAUAGUUCUGUAAAUUAUAAAGCUUGAGUAUGUUUAUACAUCAACGAUUUCCAUCUGAUUUGACAAACAACUCCCUAAACAUUUCAAAAAAGUAUCUUCAGGUGGCAAUUUUUAAUUAUUUUAAAACACCUUAUUAAUGUGAGAACUAAAGUCGUAUCGUAGCCCUGUGUUCUCAUUACAAACACAGCCUCAACUUCUAUUUCUUGAAUAAGCACAGUAUUAAGCUGAAACAAUGUUUCCCUGAUCUGUUGACUCAUGAUUCAAUAUCGUUUCAUAGUAACGUAUUCUUGAACUUGAAUGAUUAUUUUUUCAACGUUAUUCUCAUAUCAAAGGGGUAAGAUUUUGUCUAUCACAACUCUCAAUGAAACAUGCAAGGGUUUUAUUUUAAAAUGUAUUUUAUUUAAGUUAACGUAUAUCGGUGGCUCAAAACAGAUGCCCAAAGUGUUUUUUACACCUCUAUAGCACACCAACUUCUUUAGACUGGCUGUUGAAUGUAAGUGCCUGAAGACAUCAAUGAAACGACAUUUUUUAUCUUGUAAACAUUUUCGUGAUACUUAAUUGAAAAUUUCAACUUCCAUGUUCCAAAGGCUUUGUUACAAAAGGUUUUAGAGCCAGAUGGAUUUCUCAUCCCUUUAAAAUUAAGGUGAUAAUUUGCUGAAUGUGCCAUAUUUUGCUCUCAGUGUUAUGCCACUCUCAAAUCUCCGCUUAACUUUAUUAAUUACGUAUACUAAGUCGAAAACCACUGUGCUGCAUUGAAGCCAUACUUUGAUAGAAAUCUUAGAGGUGAAUGGUCUUCAAAAUUAUGCAUUUGCUUUAUUAUCCAUCAAUUUUCAUGGAAUAAGAUCACAUGAAAAAUCAUUCAGUGUUUUCACAGGUCCUACUAGCAUUAAAGUUUAUAAGUACUAUCGUAAAACACAACACAUCAACGAAUCAAGCUCACUACACUACAGCCAUGAUUUUUUUCUCUCCGUGUAACAAAACGAAAAUGACCAAAAGUUCGCUGCAAGUAAUUUUGAUCUUUAGUCAGUCAGUCAUUGAAUUUUUGCAUUUGUGGAGAAGCAGCCAUCGACCAUGACAGAGAUCACUUAAUUUCCGUUUGCGAAAAUUCUAUAAUCAUAAAAGAAAAAUUGAGUACUUUCAUGACACAAAUUUCCUCUAAUUGUUAUGUGCCGUCGAGUCUAUGGGUUAUUUUUAAGCAAGAAUUAGUGUUGAUCUUAAAAAAUGUUAUACUUAAUUCAACUGCCCACCUUUUAACAUGAGUAUGCCAAGCAUUAGUGUAAAGUAACAGCACAAGUUUAAUCGUCUAUAGUUUUGAAAGCAAUUUAGUGUUUUUAGUGAUGACCAAGAUCUUUUCAUCUUUUUGCCUGUGCACUUGUCAUUAACUAAAUUUACGGAUAAAAUUUGACUAUAUCCCUUUCACACUGCACUGAUUUUAAUAAUCUAGUUGUCACAAAAAAAUCAAAA